AUGCUUUCUAUUUUAGCCCCAAUGCAAAUCAAACUCACCCAUUUGGCUACAAACACGUCAAAUGGAUUCAUUCUGAAUAUUAAUGCUAAAACAUACGUGAUAAACAUGUUUGAGGGCUUUCAGAGAUUCUGUACUGAAUAUGGAAUACCGUUGGGCAACAUUGAUGUUGUCUUUUCUACGAGAAUUGAAAACCUGAAUGGAAUUCUUGGCUGGUAUCUCACAAUGGGAGACCAAGGAAAAAGAAACUGUGGAUUUGUAGGAGACUACAAAUUCGAUAUAGAAAGCAUCAAGAGAAUAGGAUAUAGACCAAGUUUCACAUUCUUGGAUACAUAUGACUGCAUAUAUGAGGAUGAAUACAUCAAACCCACACUUACAACAAUAGAUAAUAUCACAAACUACUAUAUUGAGCUACCAAAUGUUGCAGGCUCACUAAUAGCUGAAAAAUUACCAAGGGGAUUUCCAGUGAAUUGUAUAAAGAAGCUCAAGGCUAAAGAGAAAGUGGUAGUUGACGGAGUUGAAUAUGAUGGAAGUGACUAUUGCAACCAGGAUAUUGUAUUAGGAGGACUAUUGUUUCUGUAUUCGACCAAAAUUAAUUCAGAGAUAAUUGAUUUGUGUAAGAAGGCAAAAUGGGUAUUUUGUAUGAAUCGAGAAGUGAUCCAUACGCUUAAUAGAACUGAAAUGGUGGCAAAUAUAUUCAAUUGCACCAGGAACGGUAACAUUGAAUACAUUAAACAAUUCAGGAAGCUGCAGGAAAUAGGAAACAUAAUACAACCAAUUACAAAUACAAAUGGAGUAGAAGAGAAUAUCUUAAACAACAUGGAUCACUUUAUAUACAGCAAAGAAGUCAGUGAUCUCAAGUUGAUCAGAAAUGAAACAAAAGUUGUAAAUGAGAGAACAAAUAGUUUUCCUAAGAAAUAUCUACUGUUUCUUGGAACAGGCUGUGCAGUACCAGCAAAAACGCGAGCAACUUCAUCAAUUUUAUUACAAAAUGAUGGAUAUUCGAUAUUAUUGGACUGUGGGGAAGACACCAUUGGACAGAUAAAACGAGCAUAUGGCAAUUGUAACAUCAUUCAAACUCUAAGAGUAAUUUACCUGAGUCAUUCACAUCCUGAUCACAUGCUUGGAUUAGUUGCGGUGCUUAUGGAAACCAAGAACGAAAUUACUGUCAUUGGAUCACAGCUCGUUGAGAAAUAUCUUAAGAAUUUCAAUAUUGCAAAUUGGAAAUUCAUUGACAUUUUUACAACGACAGAAUACAACCACGAUGACAAUUUAACAUUUCAAUUUGCAAGAUCAGUGCACAACAUUGAUUCGUUUUUCACAACAGUUGAAUUCAAUAAUUUCAGGUUCUCAUAUAGCGGUGAUUGUAGACCAAGCAAAUUAUUCGCAGAGCUCUCUCGUGAUUGUGAUCUGAUGAUUCAUGAACGUACAUUUGAUGAUAUGCAAAUAGAUAAAGCAAUCAAAACCAACCAUUCCACUGAAUCGGAAGCAAUUGACAUUUUCAAACAGAGUAAUUCGAGAAAGCUGAUUCUGACGCAUUUCAGUCAGAGAAAUGAAGUUUUAUACACAGAGGUAACAGAUCACAUUCAAAAUGCAUAUGAUUUCUACAUUUACGAUGAUUUCUAG